UAGUUCGGGACGCGCGUGGCGAGGUUCUGGGGUGGCGAGCGCCGGCCGGGUCACUGCAGCCCGCAAGUUGGUGGGGGACUGGCGACCGCUGCAGCAAAAGUUGUGCCUCGUGAAUAAAUCAGUUACCAACUAACCAAUUGCAGCCAUGGAAUAAGGCUGCAGGAUCAACCUACCCCCUACGUCGUGCUAUGAACUAAACCAGUGUAAAAGUGUAUUUUUGUUAUAGUUUUUUUGUCACUGUGAAUAAAGCGACAUAAUGGCAGACAGUGAAGGGUCUUCCGAACAAGAUGAUGUUUCGUUCCUCCGUACGGAGGACAUGGUGUGCCUGUCCUGCACGGCCACCGGCGAGAGAGUAUGCCUGGCUGCAGAGGGCUUCGGCAACCGGACCUGCUUCCUUGAAAACAUUGCAGAUAAGAAUAACCCGCCGGACCUCUCCCAAGGCGUCUUCGUGAUCGAGCAGGCGCUGUCGGUCAGGGCUCUUCAGGAACUCGUCACAGCGGCGGCCAAUGAAGAGGAGAAUGCGGGCGUUGGCAAAGGCACAGGUUCGGGUCACAGGACGCUGCUCUAUGGCAAUGCCGUCCUCCUCAGGCACCAGAACUCCAACAUGUACCUGGCCUGCCUCUCCACCAGCUCUUCCAAGGACAAACUGGCCUUCGACGUGGGUCUGCAGGAACACUCCAAGGGAGAGUCAUGCUGGUGGACUAUUCACCCGGCCAGCAAACAGAGGUCUGAGGGCGAGAAGGUUCGAGUCGGCGACGACCUCAUCCUUGUGUCUGUUGCCACCGAGCGAUAUCUGCAAGCAACACGCGAAGACGAGCAGAGCAUCGUGAACGCCUCCUUCCACGUCACCCACUGGUCCGUCGCGCCCUUUGGCACCGGUCUCUCCAGACUCAAGUUUGUGGCCUGUGUGUUCGGCGGAGAGGUUCUUAGGUUCUUCCACGGAGGCGACGAGUGUCUCUCUAUUCCUUCCACAUGGUCCGACCAACCCGGGCAGAACAUCGUAGUAUAUGAAGGUGGCUCCGUGACCUCCCAAGCCAGGUCCCUGUGGCGGCUGGAACUCGCCCGCACCAAGUGGUCUGGCGGCUACAUCAACUGGUUCCACCCCAUGCGAAUCAGGCACAUCACCACCGGCAGAUACCUGGGCAUAAAUGAGAACAAUGACCUCGUCCUCUUGCACAGGGACGAAGCCACACUCGCUGCCACGUCCUUCUACCUGCGCGAGGAAAAGGACGACAACAAAGUGAUCCUCGAGGACAAGGACUUGGAGGUGAUUGGCACUCCACUCAUCAAGUACGGCGACUCCACUGUCAUUGUGCAGCACGUGGAUACCGGUCUGUGGCUCUCGUACAGGGCCUUCGAGAUCAAGAAGAAGGGCGUGGGCAAGGUCGAGGUGAAGCAGGGCACACUCCACGAAGAAGGUAAGAUGGACGACGGCCUGGUCUUCUACAGGAGUCAAGAGGAGGAGUCCCGCACUGCCCGCGUUAUCAGGAAGUGCUCGCAUCUCUUCACGAUCUUUAUCAAGGGUUUGGAUAACAUUCAGGCUUCUCGCCGUCACUCCAUCCUCCUAAGAACUGUCAACCUCAAGGAAAUGAUCAGCUGUUUGGAAGAUCUCAUCAACUACUUCGCAUAUCCCGAAGAAGAUCUAGAACACGAGGAACGCCAGGUGGCUCUCCGCGCUCUCAGGAACCGCCAGGACCUGUUCCAAGAGGAGGGCAUCCUGAACCUUAUCUUAGACGCCAUCGACAAGAUCACAGUCAUCACCUCCCAGGGCUACAUGGUGGCUCUGGCGGGAGAGGAAGCUGGCCAGGACUGGGAGAUCAUCUCGGGAUACCUGUACCAGCUGCUGGCGGCGGUGAUUAAGGGUAACCAUACCAACUGCUCCCAGUUCGCCAACAGCCACCGCCUCAACUGGCUGUUCUCCCGCUUGGGCUCCGCUGGCGAGGGCACCGGCAUGCUGGAUGUGUUGCACUGCGUCCUCAUCGACUCCCCGGAGGCUCUCAAUGUCAUGAAGGAAGAACAUAUCAAGGUCAUCAUCGCCCUGUUAGAGAAGUACGGCCGCGACCCCAAGGUACUGGACGUCCUCUGUUCUCUGUGCGUGGGUAACGGAACAGCUGUCAGGUCUUCGCAGAAUAACAUCUGUGAUUACCUGCUCCCGGGUCGCAAUCUCCUGCUUCAGACACAGCUCGUUGACCACGUGUCCAGCGCCCGCCCCAACAUCUUCGUGGGCCACGUCGAGGGCUCGGCCAUGUACCAGAGGUGGUACUACGAGCUCACCCUGGACCACAUCGAGCAGGUGUCGCAUCUGUCGCCCCACCUGCGCCUCGGCUGGGCCAACACCAAGGGCUACGUCAGCUAUCCCGGAGGAGGCGAGAAGUGGGGAGGCAAUGGCGUAGGCGACGACCUCUACUCCUUCGGCUUCGACGGCUCGUACCUCUGGACCGGCGGGAGGUACACGCUGGUCAAUCCUCAGGAUUCGGAGCCCCUAAUCAAGAAAGGUGACGUGGUCGGCUGUGCCCUGGAUCUCACCGUGCCAAUCAUUACCUUUUACCUGAAUGGACGGCAGGUUAAUGGCGCUUUCACUGGCUUUAAUCUUGACGGCAUGUUUUUCCCCGUCGUUUCGGCUUCUUCCAAGCUCAGCGUGAGGUUCUUGCUGGGCGGUGAACACGGUCGCCUCAAGUACCCCCCUCCUGAUGGACACUCUCCCGUCUCCGAGUGCCUUCAGCCCUUCCAGACGCUGUCGAUCGACCCCUGCUUCUACUUCGGCGAGCAGCACAAGGGCACUCUCGCUGGGCCUCUCCUUGUGGAAGACGACAAGGUGUUUGUGCCGAAGCCUGUUGACACUUCAACGAUCCAACUCCCCGGCUACAUCGAGCAAGUGCGAGACAAACUGGCCGAGAACAUUCACGAGAUGUGGGCCAUGAACAAGAUUGAACAGGGCUGGACCUAUUCUGAACGCAGGGAUGACCUCCGCCUCCAUCACCCUUGUCUCACGUCCUUCGAAAAGCUUCCGAUCAGCGAGAAGCGAUAUGACUCCACGCUGGCUCUGCAGACACUCAAGACCGUGCUGGCGCUGGGAUACCACAUCACCCUGGACAAGCCACCCAGCCGAAUCCGAUCUGUCCGACUGCCCAACGACCCCUUCCUUCAGAGCAACGGUUACAAGCCGCAGCCUCUCGAUCUGUCACAGGUCAACCUAACCCCGAAACUGGAGGAGUUGGUCGACCAGCUGGCCGAGAACACCCACAACAUCUGGGCUCGCGAGCGUAUCCUUCAGGACUGGACUUACGGCCUGAACGAGGACCCCGACAUGCGCCGUUCGCCUCACCUGGUCAGUUACGCGAACGUGGACGAGGCGAUCAAGAAAGCCAACAGGGACACCGCCUCCGAGACCAUCAGGACGCUCCUGGUCUACGGCUACAUCCUGGAACCUCCCACAGGCGAUCAGGCAGAAGGCGCAGGCGACACAGAAGACACCAGCCGACGCACCAGCCAGCACCGCACUUACCGCCUGGAGAAGACCAACGCAGUGACGUCGGGCAAAUGGUACUUCGAGCUGGAGGUGCUGACGUCAGGCCCCAUGCGAGUCGGCUGGCUGGAGGUCGGUAGCCCGCCCGGCGCCGAACUCGGGUCCGACGACAGGUCCUGGGCCUUCGACGGGUUCCAUCACUUGAAACACCAUAAUGCCAUAUCGGAGGCAUAUGGCCAUCGUAUCCAGGCCGGCGAUGUGGUGGGAGUCAUGCUGGACCUGCAUGACAGAACCAUCAGUUUCUCGCUCAACGGAGAGCUCAUGAUGGACGCGAGCGGCUCCGAGACGGCCUUCUGCGACGUGCAGGGCGAGGCGUUCGUGCCGGCCUGCACCCUCGGCGUCGGCCAGAAGGCGCACUUUGUCUUCGGCCAGGACAUCAACCAGCUCAAGUUCUUCACUACUUACGGUCUUCAGGAGAGCUACGAGCCCUUCUGCGUGAAUAUGGAGCGUCCUGUGACUUUCUGGUACACGAAGGACCAGCCUAUCUUCGAGAACAACGACGACCUCGCCGACUCCACCAUUGACGUCACCCGCAUCCCCGCCGGUUCCGACACUCCUCCGUGCCUCAAGAUCGCGUCCAAGAUGUUCGAGCAGUGCGAGAAGGCCAACUGGGAGUUCCUGAGGCUGUCGCUGCCCGUUGUGUGCGACCAGGAGUUCAUCGAUGAGGAAGAGAAGGCCAGGCGAUGGCAGGAGGUGAGGAUCCGGCAGAACAGGAUCCAGAGUGGGGACAUUCAGGGCCCCGCCGCCUUCGAGAGCUCCCUCGUCGAUACCGGCUUUUCUAUGUCCGAUAUCAAAGAGUUGCAUUACAACGAGGAAGGUGUAGAGGCCGAUGAAGGAAUCGUGCGCAAGGAAGCAGCUGUCACCCCAGAGAAAGCUGCCUCCCUGACGCCCGAGGUAAACGGCGUGCCGGAGGAGGGCGCCCCUGAGCCCGCUGAGAGGAAGAAGCGGGGCAAGUCUCCCUUCAGGUUCUUCAGCAAGAAGCGCGAGGCGAGUGCUGAGCGAGGUCGGAGCAAGGGACGCACCCCUGAGCCGACCUCCAACAGCCUCGACCCCCAGCGCCCCGCUAAGAAGAAUCGUUCUCCCUCCGUCAGGCUAGCGCAAGGCGAGGCCAAACUCGUCCCGCCAGCUAUCCCGGAGAGACAGGGCGCGAGCGACGAGGCGCGCGAGGAGCAGCUCUUCGACGCCGGCUGCCUCAAGCUCAUGAACGAGUACUUCUACGGCGUGAGGAUCUUCCCCGGCCAGGACCCGGCGCACGUGUACAUCGGCUGGGUCACGACGCAGUACCACAUCCACGACACCGCCUUCGACCAGAACAAGGUGCGCUCGGUCAUCGUGCAGGAGUACACGGAGGAGGGCCACAUCAAGAGCGCUGUGGAGCGACACAGCUGCUACAUGUUCCGCGCCGACGAGCUCCACGCGGAGGUGUCCUCGGACGUGGGCGGCAAGGGCACGUCGCAGGGCAUGUUCAUCGGGUGCUUCAUCGACACCUCCACGGGCUUCAUCACCCUGCAGUGCGACGGCAAGGAUACCCGCCACAAGUACCGCAUGGAGCCCGGUACCAAGCUCUUCCCCGGCGUGUUCCUGGAGCCCACCAGCAAGGAGGUGCUGCAGAUCGAGCUGGGACGCACGGCCACCACGCUCCCCCUCAGCGCCGCCGUCCUCCAGAACAGCGAGAAGCACGUCACUCCUCAGAUGCCGCCGCGCCUCAGGGUCCAGAUUCUGAAGCCCCACCAAUGGUCUCGAGUCCCCAACACGUCCUUGAGGAUCCACGCCCUCAAGCUCUCAGACAUCCGUGGCUGGUCCAUGCUGGCUGAGGACUCGGUGCCCAUGCUCGCCCUCCACAUCCCCGAGGAGGACCGGUGCAUCGACAUCCUCGAACUCAUCGAGUACGACAAAUUACUCGCCUUCCACACGCAGACGUUGGCCCUUUAUUGCGCUGUGUGUUACCAGAGCAACUACAGGGCCGCCCAUACGCUGUGCUCUCACGUGGACCAGAGGCAGCUGCUGUACGCCAUGCAGAGCGAGUACAUGUCGGGCCCGCUCAGGAUGGGCUUCUACAACCUUGUCAUUUCUCUGCAUCUGGAGAGUUUCGCUUCUACGAUGGAGGUGACCCAGAACGAGUUUAUCGUGCCACUGAGCAACGACCUGAAGGAGAUUUACCAGGAGGAGGGCAUGGGCAAUUCCAUGUCAGCCACGCACACCGAAUCCGUCCGACCUGUCAUGACCAUGUCAGAUAUCUCUGCCAACAUCGAGACGAUCAAAGGCCUCUCGUCGCCCUACUUCCCGCUCGACGUCGCCCGCGAGUUCGUCAUGGCUUCUCUCAACGAAGCCGUCAACACGAACCAGGUGCACAACAGGGACCCCAUCGGCGGCUCCAACGAGAAUCUCUUCGUGCCGCUGCUGAAGCUGGUGGACAAGCUCCUCUUGGUGGGCGUUCUUCAGGACGAGGAUAUCACAAGGCUCCUCAUCAUGAUCGACCCUCAGACGUGGGACGCAGAGUUCGACCCCGGUGAGUCAGAGAAUUGUAAACUGAAGAAUUAG